UUACAUGAAAGGAUCAUUCAGAUACGGCAUUUCGCUCAAAGUUUCUGAAUCUCCUUCGUCGUGUUCGACGCCUAUCGUUGUCGGAGGAGAUGAAAAAACCAACUUUUCUUUGAAUUUCUAGCAGCUACUUAUCAAAAUCAACAAAUCCCUACAUAUUAUGUUGCUUGAUUGAUCGAGAGCAAGAACUGCCCACCAUCUGUUUGUUUAAAUUCCUCUGAUGGAGCUUCUUUUGGCCGGUGAUACCACUAGCCUAAGUUAUUGGUUGAAUUGGAAGUUCUUGCUAUGCAUAAUAUGGGUCUUGACUCCCAUGAUUAUAGCGUCGUAUCUAAUUUGGAAGUACGAAGGUUUGGGAGAUUCAAACAGUUAUAAAGAGGAGACCCAACAAGAAAAAGAGUGGUCUCUUUACGAUCAUGAAGCAUGGACGCCAUGUGUAAAGGCAAUACACCCCGUGUGGUUAUUGGUUUUCCGGAUCAUUUCUUUUUGUUUGCUUCUAUCGGCUUCCAUUUCCGAUGUUGUCACUCAUGGGACCGACUUAUUUUUCUAUUAUACUCAGUGGACUUUAACUUUGGUUACCUUCUAUUUCGCGUUUGUUUGCAGUUUGGAUCGCUGCUAUCAGCUUAUGGAUGUUUCAGGCAACACAAGACGUCUGAUGUGGGUGAGGAACAAGAUUUCUUAUUGCCGCUCACCCAUGAGGAGAAUAUUAGUCGGAAAAGUCAUUUCUUGCAAACUGCUGCAUUUUGGGGCUACAUUUUUCAAAUCGUUUUCCAGACGGUUGCAGGGGCGGCGAUUUUGACAGAUAUUGUUUACUGGACCGUGUUCGUUCCAUUCCUUACGAUCAAAGGUUACGAAAUGGGCUUCUUGACGGUUUUGGCACAUUCGCUUAAUCUCGUUUUGCUCCUCGGGGACACGGCCUUGAAUAGCUUGAGCUUCCCUUGGUUCCGGAUUUCAUACUUUCUAUUAUUCACCGGUUUUUACGUGUGCUUCGAGUGGAUUCUCCAUGCGUUUGUCGCAACUUGGUGGCCGUACCCAUUUCUCGACUUAUCUAUGGAAUAUGCUCCAUUGUGGUAUUUGAUCGUUGCAUUAUUGCAUCUUCCGUGCUAUAGCAUCUUCUAUUUGGUUGUGAAACUCAAACAUUACACAUUGUCUCGAUGGUUUCAUCAAUCGUAUCAAUGUUUGAGAUGACGUUUUCUUGGGAACGCACUCGUUCAACGUCACGCUCGUGGCCCGUAACGCCUAGAAACAAUUGCGACCCUUUUUUUCGGUUGAUAUCGCAUUGUUGUAUACAUACAUAUGAUUCUACAAUUCUUUUUAGAGUAAACUUCAAUUUUGGUUCUUGAGGUCUAGUGAAAAGUCUUGAAAGUGGGACAUGUACUUCAAUAAGUCUAAAAAUCGUCUUUGUGGUUUUCAUUUU